AUGUCACCCUCCCAGGAAAUAGAGCAAGCUGUUACAGAAGAACAGGAAAAACCAAAACGUCAAAGAACUACAUUUACCGAGGAGCAACUUUCCGAGCUACAAAAAAUUUUCUGUGAUAACAAUUACCCAUGCCGUGAAGCAAGAAUUGAGACAGAAUUGAGAUUAGGUCUCACAGAACAACAGGUCAAGGUUUGGUUUCAAAAUUAUCGAAUGAAGGUGAAAAAAACUACCCAAAGUAAAAUCGAUACAAACGACAAGAAAAAUUUAAAUCCUCCGAUAAAUGAAAGAAAUCAGUACAUUGCCGCUGAAGACAUUGAGCGUCGACGAAUGAACCCACCUGGAUUAGGUUUAACUAUAGAUUACUACACUGAGAGAAAAAUAAGGCGAGUGAAAAUAACAAAGUGUGCAAACGCAGAGUGCGAAAGAAAAAAUUAG